CCAACAUGUUGACAGCCAAGAAAACAAAACAACUGUUCAACGUUUAACUUCACCACGAAAUAACUUCGUUGUGACACUUUAGGAGGGGUGAAAAUCAACAAAAGUGGCUCAGUUUUGUGCGAAAACAUAGUUUGUGUCCUGGUCCACGAGAAAAAUCCUCAGCAAAACCGCGGUGCGGUGUGUCGUCUGCUCGUCGGUCUGACACUGAAUAAGUUGAUGGUCCGCCGAAAUUUGUGUCCAUCUUGUCUACGUGUAUGAUACCAGAGCCAGAGGAAGACAAGUAUGCCAGUUCUUGGCAUAUUGAUUGUUAUUGCAGGUUUUAUUGUGGCUGAAGGGUUUCACAAUGGGUGAUGCCAAUCAUAUAUCUGAGCCCUCAGAAGUGGAGGUGCCUGACGUAUCAUCACUACAGGUGACACACACUGAACAAACAAGCCAGCAACACCUGGACCCCCAGUGUGACCCAGAUAAUCCAGUCGCUGUCAAAUUCCAGGAGGUCAGCGCAGCAGCUUUCAAGAUUAAAGGUGGCAUCCAGAAUACUCCGUGUAAUCACUCUCAGAUGUCUAGUUUUUUGGGAAUGGAUAUUUAUUUCAAAAAGGAGUUUCUCCAAUAUACUGGCAGCUUCAAAGAAAGAGGCGCAAGAUACACAUUAAUGUCAUUACCCAAAGAGCUUCAGGCAAAAGGCGUGAUAGCAGCCAGUGCAGGUAACCAUGCCUUGGCUUUGUCUUAUCAUGGCAUGAAGUUAGGAAUCCCUGUCACAGUGGUCAUGCCAAUUGUGGCCCCACUCAUGAAGGUUCAGUCUUGUAAACAGUUUGGUGCGACAGUCAUUAUCCAGGGGGCUGACAUAGGGGAGUCAAAACAGUAUGCUAUGACAUUAGCCAGUGAAAGAGGGCUCACUUAUAUCAAUGGGUAUGACCACCCUCAUAUUCUGGCAGGCCAGGGUACGAUGGGGCUGGAGAUUGUUGAGCAGGUACCUGACGUGGAUGCCUGCAUCAUACCUGUCGGGGGAGGAGGAUUAAUAGCUGGAACAGCCCUCGCCAUUAAAAGCCUUUAUCCAAAUGUCCAGAUCAUUGGAGCCGAGUCUGAGAGAUGUGCUAGUUUCUCUGAAGCGUUAAAGGUCGGCCAUCCCUCAUACACACAACCUUCGGCAACACUUGCAGAUGGUCUGGCUGUUCCUAUUGUGGGUGUGAAUGCCUUUGCCACAGCCAGACCUCUCAUAGACAAAAUGGUAGUGGUCAGGGAAGAGUUUAUAGCCCUGGCCAUCCUGCGCCUCAUUGAGCUGGAGAAGGCUGUAGUGGAGGGGGCGGGAGCUACAGGCCUGGCUGCUGUGUUACAAGGACUCCUGCCAGAGCUCCAGGGCAAAAAGGUUGUGAUCGCCUUGUGUGGAGGCAACAUAGAUACAACAGCUCUGGGACGUGUGAUAGAGAGGGGCCUGGCGGCAGAUGGUAGACUGAUCAGGUUUGUGGUGACUGUGAGUGACAGGCCAGGGGGAAUAGCUGAGAUCACACGCCUCAUGGCACAGCUCGGGGUCAGUAUCAAGGAUAUUUUUCAUGAAAGGGCAUGGCUGAAGGCAGACAUAUUUUCAGUUCAGGUGAAAUGUGUGGUGGAGACCCGGGACCAGGAUCAUGCUGAUGAAUUGGAGAAGACCCUACGCCAGCAGUACACAGAUGUUGUCUGGGGGGCAGUCAACUGAAAAGGGGUCUUACCAGGCUAAGCAUUUAAUCUGUUUACAUAAAUCUGCCAGGAUGUAUGUAAUCCCUUUCUUGUUUACCAGCGUACAUGUGAAUGUUGUAACUUUGUUGGAGACAAAUGCUGAUUUCAAUUCCAGUGUAUUUAGAUGAGUGUAUUGUACAAGGUUAUGAGAUAUGCAAGUUCCAUUUCAUGUAAGCUAAGGCUAAGCAGAUAUGUUUCAGUUAGGAAACAGUGACUUCUUCCAGUAUUGUAGCCUGUAUCUCAUGAAAAUACUGACACUGAUGCAUAAGAUUGAGAUGGUUCAAAUGUUAAAUGGUAAUUAAAAUAAAUUUCCAGGAGCUUUCCUUUUAACGAGGCUAACAGAAUAAUCUCAUUAGGAUUUAACCAUCAAUUACAUUACUACUGCUCACCAGAUUUGAAGGGUAGAGUUACCACUCUCAACUAGAUUUUUUAAAAAUCUCAUCUUUUAUUGUUGCAAGUGUUUUACUGUACUAGUCCAGAGCUCCCUACAUUUUAGUAGUGUGUUUUUCUCAGGUGGUUUAUUUUUGUGAACAUGCAUGUACUUAUAUAGAGGUGUUGGAAUUUGAGAUGAAAUGACAGCCAUAAUAAACCCUAUUAAUCACCUGCAUGAUACUGUCCAUCAUACCAACUUACUAUUUAUUCUUGACAUAUGAUGCCAAAUACUUGUGGUAAGUCACAGAUCUAGAGCAUGGGAUUCCUGUCAUCAGUUAGAGACGUUUCAUCUUCAGUACAUUCUAUUAUUAUAUUUGCUGUUAUUUUUAAAAGGCACAAUUCAGUUUUUCUCUUCAUGUUUUCCUUGUUUAUUGUUCUAUAUGUGUACUUACCACUGACAGGUUGUCAAGAUUAUAUCUAAAUGCAUACAUGUGUGCACACACACACACAC